AUGAGGACCCCGAGCGGUGACGUCGGCUCUCUUGCCCGCAACCCGAUCCCGAUCAUCCGGCCCGCUGGGCUUGGCGUCGCCCUUAAAAUCCCUGUGUGGCGUGCCGUCCUCCCAUCCCUCGCCUCCCGUCCGUCGGGCACCGUCAACAACCUGCUCUACAACGACCUCGACGAUCCCGCCGUGGCGAACUGCCUGGAGCCGCUUCCGCCAGCGUCGCCACCGGCACCCUCCCCGCCGCCGGUUCCGGGCGCCACUUGCGACCAUGCGCAGCCCUUUGGCGACGGCGUAUCUGGAAACAUCUUCUCCUAUGACGUCCCAACCACCUCGGGCGGCAUCGGGCCGCCCAGCUACGAUGCGGGCCUCUGCCCUGGCACCGCCUUCACUGGCACCGGGUCGGUCUUCUGGCUGCGCCUCGACGACGUCCGAGCGGGCGUGGCGCUCGAGCUCAAGUCUUGCGGCUUCGAUACGGACCUCUCCGUCUUCAAGGGCUCCUGCGGCAACCUCGAGAUGGUAGAGUGCGACGGCGAUUCGGGCGGAAACAGCGGCGGCGCUCCCUACGCAUCAAAGCUCAGCUUCACGCCCACCGAUGGUGUGCACUGCUCUGGGUGGUCGUCGGGCGUCGUUGUCCCCAAGAUUGUCGGCGGCGUCGAUAUCAACCCGCCGAGGCUGUACCAGUUUCUCGUCCACCUCGGUGGCUGCGGAGGCAUCCUCAUCGCCCCCGAGUACGUGCUCACCGCCGCGCAUUGCGCGCCUUACAUUCCGGUCGGCCAUGAAGUCAAGAUUGGCCAGCACUAUCGCAAUCCCCCCUCCCCAGACGCGUGUGUCGAGACCAUGCACGUCGAGUCGAUCGUCUCGCACGAGUCGUACGAAUCUAGCACGACGAACAACGACGUUGCGCUCAUCAAGCUGACGGGAGUGAGCCAGUACGCCCCGAUCGACCACCUCGACCAGCCCGGAGAUGGCACCUGGCACGUCGACGGCACCGACCUCGUCGCGGCGGGCUGGGGCACGCUCUUAUCAGGCGGCUCGUCGCCCAACAUCGCGCAGCACGUGACGGUCCCGACGGUGCCCGACUGCGCCGCAACUAACUACGGCAACCAGUACAACCCCGACACGAUGGGCGACUCGGGCGGGCCGCUCUUUGGCAUCGACGGCUCGGGCGAGCGGACCCUGGUCGGCGUCGUGAGCUGGGGCAUCGGCUGCGCCGGGGCGGGCUACCCGGGCGUGUACGCGCGCGUGCAGGCAUACACUGCCUGGAUCUGCGCAAAGACGGACGGCGCGGGACCGCCAAGCUAUGACGGCGCCGGCUCUAUCUGCUGGGGGACCGCCUUCACCGGCAGCGGCAGCGUCUUCUGGGUCAAGCUCGAGGAUGGCUCCUGCGGCAGCCUCGAGCUGGUAGCGUGCGACGGCGACUCUGGCGGAACCUGCAGCGGCGGUGACUACAGCUCCAUCAUCGGCGGAGGCCCCCGUCGAUGA